AUGUCUUUGAGCCAUACGAAAGGAGGUUAUGAUGUGAUGAGAGAUUAUCAAAUGAAUAUGGUUACGGCUUUAGUGUUGAACAAAAAGUACAAUUUCUCACACAUUGUAUUCCAUUACAUGGCUGAGAAUAUCAAGAUAGAUAGCAGAAGUUGGAUGUAUCCGAGGUUCAUUCAGAUGAUGAUUGAUCACGCUUAUCCUGAGAUUGAUAGAAACAUAAAAGAUGACUUGUUGAUACAAUCACACAUGAGCAAUGAUACGCUUAAACAGAUUGUGAGAUACCAUCUGAAUCACCCAGAACCGAAAGUUAGUGUUGAAUUCUUUGGGUCUAUAAAAGAUGCUAACUACGCUGAUCCAGAUCCAGUUGAUCAUCAGAACUGGAGAAAUGAAGCUGAAAUGAAAGAGGCAGGGUAUGCUGAAGAGUUGAAAGUUCUUGAAGAUUUCAAAAACACAAAGAAUGAGUGGUAUCUGAAAGAAACUGGGAGAAGACGUAGAAAGGCCACUCCUAUUGUUAAAAAGGCUGAGGGAUCUUCUUCACAACCAAAGAAGAAGCAAAAGAAAGCUGCAAAAACGUCUUUGAUUGAUGAACCUGAAGAAGAUGAACAGGUGGUUACUGUGGAAAAGGAAACAGUAGUAGCUGCAGAAGAUGAUCCAUUUAAUGUUGAUGAUUUGUUUGAUACUGAUGUCUUAGAGACAGGGCCAACAGUGGUUGCUGAUGUUGAUAAAGUUGUUAAUGUUGAAGCACAGAAAGAGAAAGAAAAGUUUGUUGAUGAUAUUGAAGGAGAUGAUGUGGAUAAAGAUACUACAAGCUCCUCGAGCUCUUUAGAUGAUGAAAUUGAUGAAACUGAACGUUUACGAAGAGUUCAGGAAGAAAUAGAACAAGAGAAGUUAUUGAGAAAGAGAAAGAGACAAGAAAAGGACGAUGAUGAAGCUUAUGUGCCUUCUCCAGAACACGUCUCAGUGUCACAAUCUCCUCAAGGCGGCAGAAAGAAAGCCGGAGCUCGAAAGAAAGUAGUUUCUCCAAAGAUUCGCAAAGUCACACCAAAGAUAUCAAAACCAAAAAUUGUGCUAAAGAAGAAACAAACCAAGGAAACCAAGAAACCACCUACACCACCACAUGAACCAACACCACCACAAUCACCAGUCCAAUCACAAUCCCGACAACCUACACCACCACAACAAUCCUCACCACCUAAACAACCAACACCUCCAAGACAACCAUCACCACUACAUCAUUCACCUCCACAACACAAACCCUUUUCACCUCGCAAGAACUCUUUUAGACCCCUCCACUCACCCAAAUGCAACCAAGUUCUUCUAGCAAAGGUCUUUAUACUCCACAUGAUAAUCUUGAAGAUAUCGGAGACUUCGGUUUUACGAACAAUGAACAAGUGUUGA